UUUAUGCUCCUCAUCCUGUCUCUGCUGUCACGCUUUCUCCUUUCAAUGAUUCAAAGCUUCUUCAUGCAAGUUACAUUUUUCUGACCUCCAUUGCACUGUCGGUGUCUGUCCGGCUUCAAUUUUCCAGCAUGAUAUCCACCGUCAAUGCUGGCGGGUCUGGACUGAUAGGAAUUUAAGUGAACAACCCAAAACAACUUUAUGACCGGAAAGCCUUAUCCGACAAGUUUCAGCUGGAUUUGGUUAGCAACAAAUCUUGAUUGGUGGGUCGGAAAAUCUGAGUGAAAAGAUGAAUAUUGUGUAUUGGGAGAGAAAGAUGAUAUAAAUACCAAAGUUGGAGAUGGUGGGGAGCAUUGAGGCUAUGAAUCGUAAUUUAUACCCGAAUGGAUCUGUUCAGAACUUUAAUGCAUUGGAGGAGAAGCUUGACGAGCUCCGAAUCCGCCUUGGAAAGGCUAAUGGUGAUCCUUUGAGAAUUGUUGGUGUCGGUGCGGGUGCAUGGGGCAGUGUUUUUGCUGCUGUGUUGCAGGAUAGCUAUGGUCAAUUUCGAGACAAGGUUCAGAUAAGGAUAUGGAGAAGAACGGGAAGAGCAGUUGAUAGAGCCACAGCUGAACAUCUUUUUGAAGUGAUCAACUCGAGGGAGGAUGUGUUGAGGAGGUUGAUCCGGCGUUGUGCGUAUUUGAAAUAUGUGGAGGCAAGGCUGGGGGAUCGAACUCUUUAUGCCGAUGAGAUUUUGAAAGAUGGAUUUUGUUUGAACAUGAUCGAUACCCCUCUGUGUCCCUUGAAGGUUGUAACCAGUUUACAGGAGGCUGUUUGGGAUGCUGACAUUGUGGUGAAUGGCUUGCCAUCGACGGAAACAAAAGAGGUGUUUGAAGAGAUAAGUAAUUAUUGGAAGGAAAGAAUCACAGAUCCGAUUAUCAUCUCUUUGGCCAAAGGUAUUGAAGCUGCACUGGAGCCUCUCCCGCAUAUCAUAACUCCCACGCGAAUUAUUCACCGGGCGACUGGUGUACCUAUAGAGAACAUACUUUAUUUGGGUGGCCCAAACAUUGCCUCAGAGAUCUACAACAAGGAAUAUGCUAAUGCUCGAAUAUGCGGAGCUGAGAAGUGGAGAAAACCUCUUGCAAAAUUCUUAAGGCAACCCCAUUUUAUUGUCUGGGACAAUAGUGAUCUUGUUACACAUGAAGUCAUGGGUGGCUUAAAGAAUGUCUAUGCCAUCGGAGCAGGGAUGGCAGCAGCUCUCACAAAGGAAAGUGCUACCAGCAAAUCUGUAUACUUUGCACAUUGUACCUCGGAGAUGAUAUUUAUCACUCAUUUGUUGGCGGAAGAGCCUGAGAAACUUGCAGGGCCUUUGCUGGCUGACACAUAUGUAACCCUGUUGAAAGGUCGCAAUGCGUGGUACGGGCAAAUGUUAGCCAAAGGAGAACUAAACCGCGAUAUGGGUGAAAACAUCAGUGGCAAAGGAAUGAUUCAGGGUGUCUCUGCAGUCAAAGCAUUUUAUGAACUUCUCAGUCAGUCGAGCCUAAAUGUCUUGCAUCCUGAGGAAAACAAGCCUGUUGCUCCCGUAGAGCUCUGCCCCAUCUUGAAGACGCUAUAUAAAAUAUUGAUAACAAGGGAGCAAUCAUCACGAGCUAUUCUUCAAGCGUUGAGGGAUGAAAACUUGAACGAUCCCAGGGAACGCAUUGAGAUUGCACAGAGCCAUGUCUUCUAUAGGCCUUCCCUUCUCGGACAGCCUUUGACUAGUUUCCGUUUGCAAGAUAAAGUGGUAAUAUAAUCCCUGUGAAAGCAUGGUAUUACAGGACUGCAUGGUGGAAAUAAGCAUGUUGGUUUUGAUAAAUGUUAAUCAUAUAUAUAACUUAUUUUUGCUUCCUAAGGAUACGAUAGCUUGCUCUUUGGUCGUGAACUUGCUAGUAGCCCAAUUGAUUUUCAUAGCUCUUGUAUGGGAGCUGGAUUUGCAUUGUAUUGUGUAUCAUAUUAUUAAGAUACAAAAAACCGAUGAUCACAUAUUUGUAUAGAUGAAGGAAUACCAUUUUCCGACCAUACGGAAACAGAAAAACAUCGUUUUUAGGUCUUGA